AUGCCUAAGGAUUUUACCGAGGAUUCUGAGCAUGGUCCGCUCUCCGUUUUGGUUAGCGCAAUAAAAACAAAUUCGCAAGUCCUUAUUAAUUGCAGAAAUAAUAGAAAAUUAUUAGGUAGAGUUAAAGCUUUCGAUCGCCAUUUGAACUUAUUGCUCGAAAAUGUGAAAGAAGUUUGGACAGAUCGAAAUAGCCAGAAAGAAUCUAAAACGCCUCCAAGCAAUAAAGAUCGUUUCAUUAGCAAACUCUUUCUUCGGGGAGAUUCGAUCAUUUUAGUUUUGAAGAACCCAAAAUGA